AUGUCAGCUCAAGCUGAGCUCAGCGGAGGAUGUCCAUCUGCCAGCCUGGUGUUAGAAUGUUCCCCGAGUCGUGUAUUCUCCAGUGCCAGGGAAUGUCGGUGGAAGAGAACAGGACACGACAAGAACAAGAACAAGAGCAAGAGUGAACCUCUGAACAUCAGUCAUGGUUGUGAGGAGAACAUCAGUCAUGGCUGUGAGGAGAACGUCAGUCAUGGCUAUGAGGAGAACGUCAGUCAUGGCUGUGAGGAGAACGUCAGUCAUGGCUUUGAGGAGAACAUCAGUCAUGGAUUUGAAGAGAACGUCAGUCAUGGCUUUGAAGAGAACGUCAGUCAUGGCUUUGAGGAGAACGUCAGUCAUGGCUUUGAGGAAAAUGUCAGUCAUGGCUGUGAGAACAUCAGUCAUGGCUUUGAGGAGAACGUCAGUCAUGGCUUUGAAGAGAACAUCAGUUAUGGCUUUGAGGAGAACGUCAGUCAUGGCUUUGAGGAAAACGUCAGUCAUGGCUGUGAGGAGAACGUCAGUCAUGGCUGUGAGGAGAUCCUCAGUCAUGGCUUUGAGGAGAAUGUCAGUCAUGGCUUUGAAGAGAAUGUCAGUCAUGGCCUUGAAGAUAAUGUCAGUCAUGGCCUUGAAGAGAAUAUCAGUCAUGGCCUUGAAGAGAAUGCCAGUCAUGGCUUUGAAUGA